GGAAGCAGUUGCAUAGCCAUUUUGAAAAUAGUCGAUUGCUUAACAUAUCUUAGUAUUGAUUUAUUGCAUCUGAAUUGUACCAACUUGCUAGUUAGCUAAUGUUAUUCUUGUGAUAAACUAAAAGCAUACACAGAUAACUAUGUGAAGUUGAUGUCCGACCAUUACAUGUGAUAACUAGGAAGCAUAUUUUUUAUCAGUGGACUGCUAUUUCUUUUCUUGCUUCUGGUUAGGCGAUCAUGGUAGCCUUGUUUUCUUUAGUGUUAAAAAAAAAUACUAGGCUGCAGUUUUUUAGUGUGUCAUCUUUAUGUGUGUCUUUUGAGUGAACAAACUAUGCUAAAGGUAGAUCAGGACUUUCAUCUGAAGUGGAAUUCUAUCUUGGGUCUGAUCUUUUGAAUGAAAAGUUUUAGUUAGAAAUACACUGCAUUCUGUUUUUGUGAUAUUGUGAUAUUCAAUUUAUAGAACUGACUAUGUUCUGUUUUUGCUUCAGGUAAACCAAGGUUUUGCUCAUGGCUCGUACUAAGCAGACCGCCCGUAAGUCCACUGGAGGAAAGGCUCCCAGGAAGCAGCUAGCCACCAAGGCUGCCCGUAAGUCUGCUCCCACCACUGGAGGAGUGAAGAAGCCUCACCGUUACCGCCCUGGAACUGUUGCUCUUCGUGAGAUCCGCAAGUACCAAAAGAGCACGGAGCUGCUCAUCAGGAAGCUUCCAUUCCAGAGGCUUGUUAGGGAGAUUGCCCAGGACUUCAAGACUGACCUCCGCUUCCAGAGCCAUGCGGUGCUGGCCCUUCAGGAGGCUGCAGAGGCCUACCUGGUCGGUCUCUUCGAGGACACCAACCUGUGCGCCAUCCAUGCCAAGCGGGUGACCAUCAUGCCCAAGGACAUUCAGCUGGCUAGGAGGAUCCGUGGCGAGAGGGCUUAAGGUGCUGUGCUUGCCUUGCCUGUGGGAAUCGCUCUGGUGGGCAUCUGUGUCUGCUUUUGCUGCUGAACACUUAUCAUGUGUCGUGAACUACUAAUACUGGUCGUGUGUAGUAAUGUCAGUAGCGUACUCUGUGCCAUACUAUGUUCGUAGAGCUGGAUCAUUUGUUCGUUGGUCGUCUUAAAUCAUCCACCUGGUGGGUGCUUAUCUGAACCUUGCAUUUUAUGUCUGAAAAUUAGUGAUUGUGUGAACUAUUAUUA